UUCUUGCGAUAAAACAGAAACCUAAUCCCUUAAACCUCACUGGCGACGGAAAAUGGCAUUCUCGUCUCCUUCGCUCCGUCUUCUUCCUCAGUCUCCGUUCCGUCUAAUAGCAUCAAAACGACACCGUUUCAGUGAUGCGAAACCCUCACUCUUCUCCUUUAACCAUGAAUCUUCAUCGUCUUUCAUUCUCAGAACUCCGGUAUCUUCUUCCUUCGUCGUCGGCGCUAUCUCCGGAAAAUCCUCUACCGGGACGAAAGCGAAAUCCAAAGCCAAACGGAAACCACCUCCUCCUCCGCCAGUUACUACUGUGGCUGAAGAGCAAGACAUUGCCGAGUCAGAAACAGUCAACAUUGCCGAAGAUGUCACUCAAUUGAUUGGAAGCACACCAAUGGUGUAUCUCAAUAGAGUCACUGAUGGAUGUUUGGCUGACAUUGCUGCCAAGCUCGAAUCAAUGGAGCCCUGUAGAAGCGUCAAGGAUAGGAUCGGUCUGAGCAUGAUCAAUGAGGCAGAAGACAGCGGAGCUAUAAGUUCCAGGAAGACUGUGUUAGUAGAACCAACAACCGGAAACACUGGCCUCGGGAUUGCUUUUGUGGCUGCUGCUAAAGGCUACAAGCUUAUAGUGACAAUGCCAGCUUCUAUCAAUGUUGAAAGGAGGAUGCUUUUACGUGCACUAGGAGCAGAGAUUGUGCUAACGAAUCCAGAGAAGGGUCUCAGAGGAGCAGUGGAUAAAGCCAAAGAGAUUGUUCUCAAGACAAAGAACGCAUAUAUGUUUCAGCAAUUCGACAAUACGGCAAAUACAAAGAUCCACUUUGAAACUACAGGACCAGAAAUCUGGGAAGAUACAAUGGGUAAUGUCGAUAUAUUCGUUGCUGGAAUUGGAACUGGUGGUACUGUAACUGGUACUGGAGGUUUCUUGAAAAUGAUGAACAAGGAUAUUAAGGUAGUCGGCGUUGAACCAUCAGAAAGAAGUGUGAUUUCUGGAGACAAUCCUGGUUACUUACCGGGAAUCUUGGAUGUUAAAUUACUUGAUGAAGUGUUUAAGGUUAGCAACGGGGAAGCGAUUGAGAUGGCGAGGAGAUUAGCUUUAGAGGAAGGAUUGCUGGUUGGGAUUUCAUCUGGAGCCGCUGCAGUAGCAGCAAUUAGCUUGGCUAAAAGAGCAGAGAAUGCCGGAAAACUUAUCACGGCUCUGUUUCCGAGCCAUGGCGAGCGGUAUAUCACAACGGCUUUGUUUAGUUCCAUCCACAGAGAGGUCCAAGAGAUGAGAUAUUAGUAACAGCCAUUAGAAAACCGUCCAAGUUUGGUCCUUGGGGAGAGUGUAAACAACAAAUCUCUCUGCAGUACCGAAAAGAGAGGUUUUGAGAAUACCGCGAGGUUAGAGCUGACACGAGACCUGAGAGUUAAACAUGUCUCGAGCUCAAACAGUUUUUUCCUGAGAUUUUGUGAAUGUAUAUAAGAUCAUAGACCUGUUAACCGACUCUUCUUGUUCUCACUCAUAUGUCAGGGAUUGGUCACCUAAACACCUAAAAUUGAUUUGAAUCGAGAUCUCCAAGAUUGGAAAAACUCACCGAGCAAGCAUGUUUGUACAUUAUAUGGUAGUUAGAAUUCAAAACU